AUGGGUCCUGCUCAACGCCCCCUGGUGGGUGGUGAUCGUCGCGAUCGCAGGCAUCUGCUUCGCCGCGAGCCGGCGUGUGCGGCUCACCGUCGGCGUCAUCGUCGCGUUCCUCGCCAUCGGCGUCCUCAACAUGUGGGACGACACGAUGCGCACCCUUGCCAUCAUCUUCGUCGCCACCCUCAUCGCCAUCGCCAUCGGCAUCCCGCUCGGCAUCGCCAUGUCGCGCUCCGACCGGGUGCAGGCGUUCAUGAGGCCGAUCCUCGACGUCAUGCAGACGAUGCCCAUCUUCGUCUACCUGAUCCCGGUGGUGAUGCUCUUCGGCCUCGGCAAGAUUCCGGGCCUGAUCGCGGUGGUGAUCUACGCCGUGCCGCCGGUGAUCCGGCUUACCAACCUCGGCAUCCGCCUGGUGGACCAGGAGGUGCUGGAGGCGGCGGACGCCUUCGGCGCCGGUACCUGGCGCAGGCUCUUCGGCAUCCAGUUGCCGCUGGCGCUCCCCACCAUCAUGGCCGGUGUCAACCAGACCAUCAUGAUGGCGCUCUCCAUGGUGGUGAUCGCGUCCAUGAUCGGCGUGAAGGGCCUCGGCAUGCCGGUGCUCCAGGCGGUAACCAACCAGUACUUCGCUCUCGGGCUGUUCAACGGCGCGGCGGUGGUGGGGCUCGCGAUCGUGUUCGACCGGGUGACCCAGAGCUACGGCCGGCGCAUCGAGGCGCAGCGGCAGUCAUGACCGCGCAGACCCACGAGGGCAUCCACGUCGGACGCCUCUACAAGGUGUUCGGCGCCGACCCGGCGUCCGUGAUGCCGCUCGUGCACGAGGGCAUCAGCAAGCAGGACCUGCUGGAGGCCCACGGCCAUGUCCUCGGCCUGCGCGACAUCAAUCUGGAGGUGGCCCCGCGCAGCAUCCAGGUUGUCAUGGGGCUCAGCGGCUCGGGCAAGUCCACGCUGGUGCGCCACAUCAACCGCCUGAUCGACCCGACGGAAGGCGAUGUGCGCAUCGACGGGGAGGACAUGCUCGCGCUGGACGCUCGCGGCGCUCAAGCGGCUCCGGCGCUACAAGAUCAGCAUGGUGUUCCAGCGUUUCGCGCUGUUCCCGCACCGGACGUGAUGGACAAUGUCGGCUACGGCUUGGCGCUCCAGGGUCUCGCCAAGAGCGAGCGUACCGCACGCGCCGCGCAAUGGGUGGAGCGCGUCGGCCUCCAGGGCUACGAGGAGUCCUACCCGCACCACCUCUCCGGCGGCAUGCAGCAGCGGGUCGGCCUCGCUCGCGCCCUCGCGACCGACGCCGACAUCCUGCUGAUGGACGAGGCCUUCAGCGCGCUCGAUCCGCUGAUCCGCUCGGACAUGCGGACGCUGCUGCUCGGCCUGCAGCACGAGCUGCACAAGACCAUCGUGUUCGUCACCCACGACCUCGAGGAAGCCAUCGAGAUCGGCGACCGCAUCGCCAUCCUGCGCGAUGGCGAGGUCGUCCAGAACGGCGAUUCGCAGGACAUCGUCCUGCGCCCGGCGGACUCCUACAUCGCCGACUUCACGAAGAGCAUCAAUCGCGGCCGCGUCAUUCGCGUGGGCUCCAUCAUGGAGCCGCCCGGCCGGCCUGGCGGGGCCCGACUGCCCGCACGACAUGACGGUGGAGGAGGCGCUGCCGCUGGCGGUCGCAUCGCCCGGCGGCAUGGCACGGGUCGUGAACGGCGAGGGUUCGCCGGUCGGCGCUAUAUCGCUCAGCGGCCUGGUCCGCGCCCUCGGCGGCGGCCGGGCCGCCGACCGCGCCGGGACAGACGACUCUCGAUCCGGCGCCUGAGCCCUAUUCCGCUGCGACCGCCCUGUUCAGGAAGGACGCGAAGCUCGCGUCGCGGCCGUAGGCGCUUAGCCCUUCCACGCUGA